CGUUGCCAAGCAGAUUGGGCUCUAUAUAAAGCAGAGGAGAUGAGACUGGGCUGGCCGCUGGCACCGGCAGCCUCCCAGGCCCAACCCGCCGCUCACGGCACGCAAGAAGAGCCGCGGAGAGCCCGGGAGUUCUGCCUGUCGUCUUCCUGCUUGCCAUCCGCCGGGUAUGGCGUCCGCGCCCGCCCCCGCCGUCGUGGUGGUAUUCGACUUCGACCGGACCAUCAUCGACUGGGACAGCGACGAAUGGGUCAUCACCAAGCUCGGCGCCGCCGACGCCUUCCAGCGCCUGCUCCCAACCAUGCGCUGGAACCCGCUCAUGGACAGGAUGAUGGCGGAGCUGCACGCCAGAGGGAAGACGCCCGAGGACAUCCGCGACUGCCUCAGGAGCGCGCCGCUCGACACGCACGUCGUUUCUGCGAUCAAGAGGGCGGCGGCGCUGGGGUGUGACCUGAAGGUGGUGAGCGACGCCAACACCUUCUUCAUCGAGACCGUCCUGGCGCACCACGGCGCGCUCGGCUGCUUCUCCGAGAUCGCUACCAACCCAGCGAGCGUCGACGCGGACGGCAGGCUCAGGAUCUCGCCGUACCACGACUCCGCGGCCGCGCCACACGGGUGCAGCCUCUGCCCUGACAACAUGUGCAAGGGCAAGAUAAUGGAGAGGAUCCAAGCAACAGCAGCCAGUGACAAGAAGCAGCACUUCAUCUACAUCGGCGACGGGAAGGGAGAUUACUGCCCAUCCCUCAAACUUGGGGAAGGGGACCAUGUCAUGCCAAAGUGAGAGCACCUAGAGGGGGGUGAAUAGGUGAUCCUGUAAAACUUCAAAACUUAUGCCACAAAAACUUGUUAAGUGUUAGCACAA